CUUGUAUGGUUGAUGCAGUUGAUUCCUCUUCAAUUUUUUCGCUUUUACUGGUUGGGUUUAGAUCACUACCCCCCGUGUCAAGAAAGACACCACGGUUUUCCAUUCGAGAAAUUUCAAUUUUUUUGCUUUCUGAUGAAAUAGCACAGUUGAUACACUCCAUAGAAUCUUCUUGAGUAGCGGGUGAUGACAUUGUGGUCCAUGAAAACCCACGCCCUCACAAUUCCACCACCUGCUUGAUGAAAUUCCAGAAAGCAUCUGCUUUGGAAUGGUCCUUAUUAAGUUUUACAUCUUUCUGUUUGUACUGAUACUGUAUACUCUCUUAACUCUCUGAAUUUAGUCUAUGUACACGUGUUAAUUCUGGAUUCCUGAUGGACGAGUGAUCCUCCAGGUUUCUCCUAUAUGCUCGCCUCGAGGUUUUGUAAUAUCUCAGUUAUUGGCAAAACUAGUGUUUCGUGCCAAGAGGUGAAGUAUGUUAACUAGCUGGAGUAUGUUUAAUGCAACAUAAUUCGUCUCUCCACUAUGACAGCGUGAACAGACAAGUUUCCCCUUGGCCUUACCUUUUCCAUCCACUAUUUCCUGUCGAUCAAUAUCUGAUAUUUUAUCCCCACACAAAACCUGGGUCGCUAGUAUCCAUGUGUGUGCUGCCAAGCAACUGUUAUUCUGAACUUUUGAUUGCAGUGAAAUCAGAUCUUUAGCUGGUUGAGUUGUCUUCUUUGUGGCAGCAGAUACCUGAAGUGACAGUCAGGCAGUCGUUCAGCUCAAUGGUGAGUGUCGUAUUGACUUUUUCUCCUUGUACUAGUACUAAUUGUACAAGGAAGUGCAGCACAUCAAAGCGUUCCGUCCUCUUAGGAUACUACGCCUCUUCUUGUACUCAUAAGAUGGAGGACAUUGUAGUAUCCUGUUACCAGCCUCGUCAUUAUCAUGGUCGGCUGAGUUCACAAUUUUGUAAGCCAAUCUUUCCUAGAGGCCAUUCAUCUUUCUUCUCUUCAACAGUUUGUCAAGCGAAACAAGGGGAUAGUGCUUUUACUGGCGAAAACAUUAUACUAGAUCAGCAAAUUUUAGAGCAGGAGCUGCAAGUCGCCAUUAAGGAGGAAAACUAUGCGAAAGCUGCAAAAAUCAGGGAUACGCUUCAUAGUAUUCAAGAGGAUAGCAGAGCAUCCGUGCUAGCAGCAAAUGCUGAGUUUUACAGAUCAUUUAAAAGUGGUGAUUUAUCUGCCAUGCAAGCUAUUUGGUCAAAAGGGGAUCAUGUUUGUUGUGGACACCCAGGUGUCCUUGGCAUAUCUGGUUAUGAAUCAGUUAUGGAUAGUUGGAUUCAUGUAUGGGGAAACUAUGAGUUCCCAUUGGAGAUUGAGCUGCGAGAAGUUAGAGUUCAUGUUAGAGGGGAUUUGGGCUACGUUACUUGUGUGGAAUUGGUUAAAACCAAAGGUAGCAGCUGGGGAGGGCAGUUUGUGACUAAUGUGUUUGAGAGAAGUGAUGGUCAAUGGUUCAUUUGUGUCCAUCAUGCUUCACCUGUCGACUUUUGAAGAGUGUUCGCUGAAAUUUUUUUGUUCAUUGGCAAAAUUGUCUGUUUCCUGUGGAUCCGCUACUCUGGUUUGACCUUGUCAGGUUCUUUAA